AUGGAAGAUAUAGAAAAUAAAUGUACGAAAAUAGGUCAAAAUCAACAAGAAUAUUUGGAUUAUUCAAAAAAACAAGAAAAUGUGCUAAAGGACCUAACACAAAAAAGUGCAUAUCUGGAUAAAUAUAGUAAGUCUCUGGAUGAACGUUUAAGGUUAUUGGAACAAAAACAGUAUGAUUUGGACAUUGAACUGAUCAAUGUGGAAAUGAAAGACGAAGAAAAUGUUGCAGAACUGGUGAAGGAUAUUACCAUGAAACUAAAUUUAAAAAAUGAGGAUAUUGUUAAAACAUGGAGAAUAAAGGGACAAUACAUUUAA